ACACAUAAAAAAAGAAAAGACAUUACAUAAAAUCGUACUCAAAAUUCGAACGCGCAUUGGUCGAGGUAGUUCGUGUUUUCACGGAGAGGUCAUGGAACAAGUAUAAAAAUAAYAUACUAUUAUCAAAUAUUUUUGUUUGCGCCGCCAUCAAAAUAUUCUCAGCUAAACAGUAAACAUUACAAACGACUCAAACGAGUAACCAACUAAUUAACUAUCUUAAUAAAUUACGUCAUCAUGACCAGUAAGUAAAUUAUUGUAAAAACGACUUACGAUUAACACAAACCACAGUCAGACCAGSCGUCAAGCACUCAGUUACUUCUUCGUCAUUCAUAUUUCAAUUAUUUCAUCAUCCGUACUCCAUCAGUCCAUCAUCAUUCUCCUUCAGUCGGCUAGAAUCGUUCACGUCUCUCGCGUCCCAUACGAUUUAUAAGUUAUUACUUAGCUUUCCGUUCCCCGUAACARUAAACACGAUGGUUUCAUUUGAAGUCGAUGAAGUUUUGUUCAGAACGUACGUGUUUUACACGGCCGUAUUAGUACUGAAAGUACUCGCAAUGGCCCCGCUGACGGCCAAACAACGGUUUGCGAAAAUGGUAUUUGCUAACCCUGAAGAUACAAAAUUGAAUUCAAAGUCAAAAGUGAAGUAUGAUGAUGCUGAUGUUGAAAGAGUCAGAAGAGCUCAUCUCAAUGAUUUAGAAAAUAUUCCACUAUUUAUAAUUAUAUGUUUUGGAUAUUUAUUAACCAACCCAAAUAUAUAUAUUGCUACCAAUUUGAUAAGAUUGUAUGUAGCAAGUAGAAUAAUUCAUACAAUAGUUUACACUGUGGUCGUUUUACCACAACCGGCUAGAGGUUUAUCAUGGUUUGCUGGAUUCGCAACAACCAUAUAUAUGGCUGUUCAAGUUAUUUUAAGUUUUGUUUAAUAUCAUUGUGGAAAAAUAUAUAAAAGCUCAAUAUUUUAUUAUUAAUA